UGUACACUAACCACUUCCGCUAAGAUUCCUUCAAUAUAAAAGCGUAAAUUGCAUUAAUAUCGUUUUAGCACAACACACAUUCGUUAAAGAAUGUGUGUUGUGUAGAAACUUGUGUGUUCAAUUUUAGGAGUUGGUGUUGAAGAUAACAUCUAUGUUGACAGUGAUUCACAGGAAAAUAUGACUAUAAUAGCUGCUUGUGCGUAUCAUCAGAAAGUGGAGGCCUCAUUUUUAGAAAUGUGUGAGAACUGGUACUGUAUCUACAUAAAAACUAUUUUUUGCAUGAGCAUGAGAUAAAAACACAUCAAUCAAUCACUGUCACUGGAUUUUCACAUUAACCCUGUUAGUUUUACUUUUUAUUCUAUAUAUACCAUUUUAAAGUAGAUUUAUUAUUAUUAUUGGAUACAUUUUGCAUGUUGUGAAUGUACAGUAUAUAAUAUUUCAACAACCUACACACUGUUUUACUGCAGUGGGAGGGGGGCAAUCGUGGAUGACUUUUUACAGUCAUGCAUUGGUUUCCUGCCCUUUUCUUGAAUCUACACCUACAGUGCACCGAAACAGGAAAUAAAGAGCAUCUUUCCCCUCAGUAGACGGAGAACAACUGCACGGAGCUCAACAACUGCAUGUGACUUUAUCUGAUAUGUUUUUGUAGUGUAGCGUUCAGAAUUCGAGAAUAAACAAAAGGUGUAUCUACGAAGCUUGAGCCUGCAAUGAAACCGUGUCUGUGAGAAUAAACCUGGACUCUGACUUUACUGACUGCCUUUACAAAACACUCAACCGACCGCGAUGAACAAGACGGACGGCUGCAGCAUCCCUGCGGCAGAGUACCAGCUCUAUCUCUUCCCAGCGGCCUACAUCCUCGCUCUCCUCAUCGGUCUGCCCGGAAACCUGGCCGCCCUCUUUGUCUUCACCUUCAGGAUCACGCCGCGUACGGCCUUCAGCAUCUACAUCAGCAACCUGGCUGUGGCAGACAUCCUCCUCCUCUGCGUCCUGCCCUUUAGGAUCCACUACCACCUCAACACAAACCACUGGGUGUUCGGGGACAUCGCCUGCCUCAUCACGGGGGUCCUUUACUUCGCCAACAUCUUCAUGAGCAUCUGUUUCAUGACGUGCAUCUGUGUGGAUCGUUACGUGGCCACCGUGCAUCCACACACCUACCUCAGGCAGCGGAGCUCCUGGUGGGCUCUGGUUGUGAGCAUGCUGCUCUGGUGUACCGCUGGAGUAGCCAUGCUGGUCUUUAUUUUCAUGGGACCUCUGAAAACCAAUAGCAACUUAAUUGGAAGCCACAAGUGCUUCGAGGACUUCGCCAAGAUCGAGUGGGACUCGCGUCUUAUGGUGUACAGCCUGCUGAGCCUCGUCUUUUGCUCCCUCCUGCCCUCCCUGAUCAUCCUGGUGUGUUACCCACUGGUCGCAAGGCGCAUCUCCAAGAUCGAGACGAGAGCUGGCCAAAGAGCUGUGAGGGUCAUCUACACCAUCCUGGCCAUCACGCUGCUCUGCUUCCUGCCCAGCCACGUGGUUUAUUUCCUGCACCUCCUCCGGCGGAUGGGCCUCAUCCAGAGCUGCUCCUCGGCCAACGCCAUCUACCACGCCAGACGGGUCACCAUGGCCCUCGUCGUCCUCAACACAUGCCUGGACCCUGUGCUUUAUUACGUCACCACAAGCCACUGGAACUGGAAGUACUUGAAGAGGACGUGGAUGUGUGGAAAAAUCCGGAAGAGCAGGGGAGUUUAUACAGUGUCCUCUAAUUGAACUA